AUGAUAACAAUUUUAUUCUUGGAUCGUAAAGAUGAAGAACAUUAAAGAAAUUACGCAAAUAUAAUGGAAACACUGUAAAAGAGUAGUGUUAGAGAAUCAUGGACAUUAUUUGAUUCUGAAUCAGGGAAUUUAGUUGAUUAAAAUACAAAUUUAAAAGAUAUUUUCAAGCUGAGAGCUUUGAAAGGUUCAGAUAUUAAAAAUUUGUUUAAAGAACAUAAAGAUAUCCAAACACUUAUGAAAAAAAACGAUUAAUAUGAAAAAGAAAUAAAAAAUUUAAAGGAUGAACUUAAAGAAUAUAAUUUGGUGAAAUAAUCAUAACUGCUUAAUGUUCAGACUAAUGUCUAGAUCAAUAGAAAUGUCAUAGAGAAAGAAUAAGAAAUUGAGAAUCUAAAAAAAAUAAAUAAACAAUAAGAAUAAAUAAUACAAGAUAUGGAUACCGAUAAAGCAGAAUCUUAAUCAGUUUAAAAUUUCAAUUAAAAUAGAAUGAUAGAGAGAAAUAAUGAAAUAAUAGCAAACUUAAAUUAAGAAUCAAAAAAUUUAUCCUAAGAGCUUAAAUCUUAAUAAUAAAAAGUAGAGUCUUUAUCCUAAUAACUUGAAUCUAAAAAAUAAGAAGUAGAUAACUUAUCCUAAAAGCUUGAAUCUAUGUCAGUUGAACUUAAUCAAUAAUCAAAAACAAUAGAAAACUUAACCAAAGAAAAAGAAAAAUUUUAAUCUUAAUCGUUCAAUAUUGAAAGUUCAUGCAAUCAAACAAUAUAAGAAGUUCUUUAGUCAUUUUAUGAUGAAGAAAAGCCUAUGAAUAUUUAUUUGCAACAUUUUAAUUUGUUAUUAGAAAAACAAUUGGAAAAUGAAAAAUAAAAAAUCAAAGAACCUCUGAAUAAUACAUUUUUAUAGAGUACUUAGAUUCUUCAAAUAAGCAUAUAAUAAGUAACCUUAGACAUUUAAAAAUUUAAGUAAUGUGUUAAGGAUAAGAGAAUUUUUUUAUUAGAAAAUGAAUAUAUAAUUUAAGGUAAAAAAUAAGAUAUUGAUUAAGAUACAUUAAUAAAAUUAAAAAAUGGACUCAGUUAAGAGAUUACAAUUAAUAAUGAUAUUUAUUAAAUAAAAAUAAAGGAAUCUAGAAAAAAAGAGUAUUAAGCAAUGCAUUUAAUAAAUAAUUAAUUAGUAGUAGAAGGCUUUAUGUCAAUAUAUAAUGAAGACCUCUAAAAAACAAAACCUUAAUUAAACAAAAUUUCUUUAGAAUUAGAAAAAGACUUUUUAAUUAAAGAUGAAAUUAACUAAUAAUAAAACCAAUAAUUAAACCAAAUUCGUUUAAAAUUAGCAAAACACUUUUUAAUUAAAGAUCAAUUUAACUAAUACUAUAUUUGUGAGGAAGUUUUUGGAGAUGAAUAAAAUAAAAAAUAUGAAACAUUUACAUAAUCAACAUUAAUUCAUUAAUACAUUAAUUCCUUCAUAUUAUACUUCUAUUAUUCUAUGAAUAAAAAUUGUAUAAUAACAAAAUAUGAAUUAAGAGAGGAGGAUAAACAGCCUAAAAAGCUGUCAAAUAUUAAAAUUAGUCAUAAUUAUUUUUAAGCAUUAUCUUUAUUUUAUAAAGGAAAUUAGCGUAUAGAAAAACUCAAAAUAAAUAAUUUGACUUAAGGAGCCUAUUAAACAUUUUGGUCUGAAGAAUUAAAAAAGUUGGCUGAAGAAAAAAGAGGAGUUUGA